GGCGGCGCGCGGAGUGCUGAGCACGCAUCCCGGCCGCUCCUGCGCGCUCCCGGGCUUGGAGCCCGAGCACGUCCCCGGCGCUAGGGGGCCUGAAGCUCCAGAGCUGGGGUCACUUGAGGCUGCUGGAUCCCCUGCGAUCCUAGGGACCCAGGAAAACACCGGUUGCUGCUUGAAAAGCCUAAUUGGGGAUCGGGAUCGGAUCUGGGCAGCAUCCUGUGGCUGGCAGUUCUUUGGUCUGUGGGCAGAGAGUGAAAAUAGGAAACUGCUCAAAGCCCCCGAGGCUUCUAUGUAGAGCUGCUGCCAUUCACCUAGGAGAGAGUACCAGAGUAUCAGCUGUGAUCGGGAGCAGCUCAGUGGGUUGUGUAAGACACUCACCGCUGUCUGCAUGCAGCAAGAAAGCCCAGCGGAGUUUUAGGCCGUUGCAGACUUCUGUGGUGAGAACUGAAGAAGCCGCAAAGGGUUUGUCUGUUCCAGCCAUUCUGGAGUCACACGGGCCAACAUGGAUGCUAUCAGCCAAUCCCCUGUGGAUGUCCUGCUUCCCAAGCACAUCCUGGAUAUCUGGGCCAUUGUCCUCAUCAUCCUGGCCACCAUUGUCAUCAUGACCUCCUUGUUUCUGUGCCCGGCCACUGCAGUCAUCAUCUAUCGAAUGCGGACUCAUCCGGUUCUCAAUGGGGCUGUCUGAGACCCUUGAAAGUGGGAUGGAUGAUGCGUGCAAUGGUGUCUCACCCUAGCCUGUUCUCAAAAAGACAGCAGCAGACUCAGGGGCUGGACUUGUGCUUUAGUUUUGAUUCUGCAGCUGGCCAACAGCGUAGAUUUGAACAAGAGACCUAAUUUGUUGAGUACCGAGCUUCUUAGCUUUCAGCUAGGGGUCAUGACCCCUGCCCUCCUACCUCACAGGGUUGGGAGAACCACAUGACUUAGUGGAGGUGAAAGCUGCCUGUGUGCAGUGAAGCCACACAGCUGUUGUGUAAUGAGAAGCUUGAAGAACCAAAAAUUCCUGAAGCUGCUGAUGGUAAAGGAGGUGAGCGAGACUGGGAAAGAGUAACACUGGCAAGCAUCCCUCAUGCCAAACCAUGCAAAGCCGUGUACCCCAUCCUCAGCAAAUCACACUUACUUUUUUUUCCAAAGUGAAACUCCUUCCAUUUUGUUCUCAGUUGGGGAGAAGGAGCUAGUAUUAGUAUGUCAGGGGGAGAGAGAUGAGCACACGUUCCAAAAACAUCUCUGUCAGUCCCCACUCUUGUGUAACCUGAAGGAGAGCUUUGCCAUUAUUUCACCGUGCCAGAGGAAUUGGUGAGAUGACCUGCUUUCCGCAUCUCACGGCUCUGCUAGCUUUGACUCUCUAGGAGUGUUCGAAAUGUGGGGUGGCUGAGUUUUUUACCCAGCAUUUCAGCCCCUUUUUGUGCCCCACAGCAGAACACUUCCUUCUGCCUGAGCUUUGUUGUCAUUAACUCCGUGGUUUCGUUAUUAAUCUUUUGUGGCACUGGAGGUAGAACUUUGGGCCUUGUUCAUGCUGUGAAAGCAUUUUGCCACUGAGCUACGGCCCCAACCUUCCAGCUUCUGCAGCCACCUAAAGUACUUGUUAUUUUAAGAGAUUUCCCAGGACUUUUGAACCUGACCUAAAACAACGGUGGUUAUUUUGGAUGCUAUGAUUUAUAUUUAUAUGGAGAUAUUUCUAGAUCAUUAAAGCUCACCCUUUGGUACCCAGGUCAAGGGCAUCCUGGGAUUUAUUGUUAUGUAAGAAGAUAGCAUAGAUGUUAGGAUAGUGUCAAAUGCUGUUCACUUUGAUCUUACUUCACCAAUGUAUGCAUCCAGUUUCCAAUAAAGUACCACACUGAGCA